AUGUCUACUGGUUUCCAAUUCCCACUACCGAUGGUGACCAACCAACAGCCGGCAAACAUUAUAUCGGCACCAGACUUGCUGAGUUUCAUCCGAGCCUUCCAGUCGCAGGCACCGCCCAUACCGGACUACUCUGGAAAAGACCACGAGGAACCAAGGAAGUUUCUCGCAAAUUGCGAACGCUAUUUCAUCCAGGCCCACACGGAUCCAACCCAGUGGACACGCAUGGUCGACAAGAGCCUCAAAGGCGAAGCACAGACAUGGUGGACAACUUUUAAGGGACUCUCCUUCUCCUGGGCCGAGUUUCAGGAACAACUUUUAGCCCGCUUCGAUAGCGUUACCAAGCGGAUGCAGUUACACACCGCUCUCUACUCAAGGAGGCAAGCAGAAAGGGAAAGCGUGGCAGUUUUCCUACAGGAGCAAUACCUGUUAGCCCAAAGAAUUUGCCCAGCGGUGAGCAAUAAACAGCUCACGACGUUAUUGUUGGAUUUAGUGAGGCCAACGAUUCGCCGAUUAGUACGUGCCCGAAAUCCAACCACCUUCACUAUGCUCCUGGAAUUCGCAACCCAAGCCGAACGAGAUGAAGCGGAUUGCACGCCAAAGAGAGAACCAGCCAAAAAAGAGGAACAGAACCGGCCGUCGCCAGGUCCCGCAUUUCGGAGAGAUAACGAGAGGCCACCUCCAGAUUGUCGUUUUUGCCCGCGAGAUUGUGGCCGAAAUAGACUCAUGUGCCUCCGAGAACUUCCACCACACCUGGGAGAACGAGAAUAUCCAGGAGUAUUUUUCGCGAGUAAUGAAAUCCGGGUGGAUCUCACUCUUGGUCGCACCUGGUUCAAGGACCACGACGUCCUCCAUGAGCACCGAACUGACAUUCUUUACCUGGGCACCACAGAAAGGCAACGAAUUUAUCUGGUACCUCUACCCAGUCUCCCGGAAAUUCAACCCGCUACCCUGGACUUCAACUUCGCACCCACGAUGCCACCAGAACGAGCAGAGUGUCUGAGGAAGACACUGCACCUGUACGCUUCUGUUUUUCACCAAGGGGGACAACUCCGCCAAACCCUUGCUGUGCAGCAUGACAUUCAGUUGUCCAAUCCCCGACCUUUCCGAGAGGCCCCACGGCGUUAUUCGGAACUUAAGAAGAGGUUCAUCGACGAGCAGCUACAUGAGAUGCUGCCGGAUGGGAUAAUCGAACCAACCACCUCGCCCUGGAGUUCAGCCAUCAUGAUCGCCCCCAAACAGCAGGACUCGUACCGGUUCGGCAUUGAUUUCCGCCGUCUGAACGAGCAAACUGUGGAUGUCCCACAGUGCAUGCCGAGGAUCCAUAAGAUCCUCAAGGAUCUCGGUAAAUCAAAGAUCUUCACCACCUUGGACCUCAAAAGUGGAUAUUGGCAGAUUCCACUCACGCUAGAAGCCCGAAAAUACACAGCGUUCUCAACCCCCGAUGGAGGCCAUUACCAGUUUCGAGUGAUGCCGUUCGGUUUGAAGAACGCCCCCGGAACAUUCCAAAACCUGAUGCGGCAUGUUCUGGCCGGAUACUGGGGCGAAUUCUGCAUCGCGUACCUGGAUUACAUCAUCGUACACUCGGACACCUGGGAGGAACACCCACGCCAUGUCGCCCUCGUUCUGGAGCGCCCGCACACGUAUGGCCUCACAUGCUCCCCACAAAAGUAUGGAAAUCAUCCCCAGCCUCGACACGUGGAAGCGAUCCUCAACGCUGCACCCCCUCGAAACAAGAAGCAGUUAGCCUCAUUCCUAGACACGUGCAAUUGGUUGAUGGAGUAUAUACCACGUUACUCCAGGCUCACCGCACCACUGACCGACCUCUUAUCACAGAAGAGACCAUACAGAUAG